AUGCCUGAUGAGGUCGAGGUAACGCAGACCUGGCUAUCGACGGCUCACCAGCGGCGCGGAAUCUGCUCUCGGUUUCCGGCGGGGGAUGCAGGGGAAGUGGCGCGUUUGCAGCACGAGUGGAAGAAGCAGCAGUUUCGGCGGAAGGGUCCUCAGGCGUGUUGUUUGCCGGGCGGAGACUUGGCUGGGAGUCGCGACCAGUUGGAGUUUUGUCGCAGGCACGGAUUCGAACGCCCGUACAACCCCCUGCAGGUAGCGAGUUGGGUCUUCUUCACACUAGAUCUUGUUCUCGGCUUCGUCUGCCUACCCCCCACCCUACCGACCACCGCCGCUCAGUCCUUCUACGGACUCUUCGCUAUCGUGGCCCUCGCCACCCUCGUCGUCGCGGGUAUUGUCACCCGAAUGGAUCCCUCAGACGACCUCGUCUUCCUCCUAGACAAAAACGACGCCGUGCUUAAGGGACCUCCGGAAACCUACGUCCAGUGCGACCUCUGCGGCGCCGUAGAUGUCGACUCCAAACACUGCCGCUCAUGCAACAAAUGCGUCGCCCGCUUCGACCACCACUGCAAAUGGCUUAAUAACUGCAUCGGUCGCAAAAACUACAAAUGGUUCUUUUCCCUAAUUGUGUGUGUAGCUCUCCUGGCGCUGACGCUCUUAGUCUAUACAGUCGUGUCAAUAGUCAUGGUCGCUCAAGGUAGACUCAACGAGACCUGGACUGCCCGGUACAACAUGGCUUCCCCGCCGCCAGCUGCAGUGCUCUACGUGAUUCAAGCUAUUCUCAUAAUUCUUAAUGUACCUUUCUUCGGACUAGACUUGCAGCUAGUCCUUCUCCACACCUACCUGGCUUCCAAAGGUAAGCUUGAGGUGAAUGACUUCGCCGCACCUAGGUGCCGUGACUGA